GUCUUCGUCCUUACCUCUUCAAAGUGAGGAAAAAAGAAAGCAGAGAGAGUGAAUGGAGAAGAAGAGCAGCAGAGACAGAGACGGCGAGAUGGGUGGUGGCGCAGCCCAUGCCAGACCCCUUCCUCCUCCCAGUCGGGCCCAUCCUCCACCUCCUCCUCCUCGUCCCCGCAUCGAACCUAUCGAUCGUGAAAAGACUUGUCCUUUAUUACUUCGAGUUUUCACUAAGAUUGGAAGUCAUCAUAAGCCAGAAGAUUUUGCUGUGAGAGGCAAGGAACCAAAAGAUGAGGUUCAAAUUUAUACAUGGAAAGAUGCAACACUUCGCGAGUUAACUGAUCUUGUCAAAGAGGUUGCUCCAGAGGCAAGGAGAAGAAAUGCAAAGCUGUCAUUUGCUUUUGUUUAUCCUGAUAAACAUGGCCGUUUUGUGUUGAGAGUGGUGGGGAUGACACAUUCAAGUGGGAGACGACCAGAUGAUCUCAAGGCAUUGGCCGAACUCAAUUUCCAGAUCGGAGAUUACUUGGAUGUCGCAAUCAUGUGAGGUGGAAGAAUUUUUAUAAAUGUAGUACCAAUGCUAUUGUGUAACUGAUUUUCGAAAGGCUAGCAUUUGUUAGAGUUUCAAGGUGGAUUGAUGCUAUUGUACCAGAACAGGUGUCCAUAUACUUCAUUUUGCUUGUGUUUGGAAUAUGAAUGCCGAAGGGAUGUUACAAUGAACUUCUGUAAGAAUGCUAGUAUUGCAAUAUUAUCACAUUAUGGUUUGUCUA